AUGGCUUUUUGGGGCAUCGAGGUGAAACCUGGGAAGCCAAUCACUCACAAUUGCGAAAAGGCUAGAGGAAGGCUUCGAAUUUCUCAGGCAACUCUUGGAAUUGGAGAUGCUACAAUCAGUUCAACAGUGCAGUGUAAUAUAGGUACAAGGAGUCCGGUUAUGCUCUGUGUGUUGAUGCCUGGAAAAAUGGAGUUUUUCCAUUUAAAUUUGGAAUUCGAGGAGGCUGACGAUGUGGUCUUUUCUGUUAUCGGCCCACGAAGUGUGUAUCUCACUGGUUAUUACGUCCAGAAAAUUCAGGGCGUAUGUCCGCACAAUGAUUUGUCGGUGAAAAGUCAAAAGCCAGAAAGGAAAAGAAAAAGGAACUUAAAAAAGACCAGCAAAAUAAAAAAGCCCUCAAAAAAGGAGGAGAAAACCCACACCAUUCAAGCAGACAAAGAUAACAACACUGUUCUGGGAGAGGAUAAUGUGCACGAGAUGAGAAAGAGUGAGCUGGAGCUGAAAGGAAUCAGUGACAAUGGUUUACAGCAUGCUGAAAACCAGACUCAAGAACAACCGGGCAUCAUGGAAACUGACCACCAAAAGCAGACCAUAUCAAAGGGGGGGUUAAUCAUUGAAGAAUUAGACAGUGGACCACCUGAUGCAAAAGUAGCUGCACCUGGUAAAAAGGUCAAAAUUUAUUACACGGCCAUGGUGAAGGACACGGGCCAUGUUUUUGAUUCGAAUGUUGGUAAAGAUGCUCUGUAUUUUCGGUUGGGCGAUGAAGCAUUCAUUGAUGGUUGGAAUGUUGGCAUAGAUGGUAUGCGUAUUGGUGGAAAGAGGAGGCUUAUCGUCCCACCUUCAAUGGGUUUUGGAGAUAGCGCAUUGGAAGAAGAUGUUCCACCGAACUCAUGGUUGAUAUACGACAUUGAGCUGCUUAGUGUACUAAGAUAA